GAGGUCAGAACAGCCUUAGAGCUCAGGGCCAGCAGGGUGAAGACCCAGGGUAUCCGUGGGAGAGGAGACGGGGGAGCGGGGAGCCGGCUAGGGUGCAGGGGGGCGAGCGCAGGCCGUUGGGUUGAGAGAUGAGGGUGAGGGCCCAGAAUAAUUCCUUCAAGAACAAAGCAGAUUAGGAUGUAGGAAGGGACGGGUUAGGAAUCCCAGAUCUGGGUAAAAAAAUAGAUGAAUUCGGGUGGGAGGAAGAUCUUGAAGAGCCCAAAUAUGCUUUAGGACUCUAGAAAGAGGAGGUGGGCAACAGGAAUGGAAGCCGAGGGGAUACUAGAGAGAAACUGAGAGGAAAGCUGCAAAAAAGAUUUGGAUGAGAUGUCAGGAAGCUGGCUUUUCUGCCCGAGAUCUAGCCCCACAUGUGGCCACAUUCAUCUGGGUCCAGGCCUUGGGCCAGCACUUUAAUAGGGAAGGACCCAGGAGUCAUGGCCUGGUGGUGUCGGGAUGGGCUUCCCCCAGGGCUUGCUGGGCCGUGGAGAGAACUCCGGAGACUGGGCUCGGGGCCCCUACCUCCUUUCUCACCUCUAGCCAGGAGCAGCAGGGACUAUAGAACCUUAAGGAGGAGGGUAAAGGGGAACAUAGAUGGCUGGAGACAGAAUCUAGAGCCUUCAAAAAAUGUCGAGAUGUUUCCACCUUCAGGUUCCAUGGGGCUGAUUCCCCCCUCCCACUUCCAAGCUCGGCCCCUUUCAACUCUGCCAAGAACUGCUCCCUCCUGGGUCUCAGACAUUCCCCUGGUCCAGCCCCCAGCCCAUCAAGAUAUUUCAGAGAGGCGGCGGGACACCCAGAGACCUCAAGUGACCACGAGGGAACGGGAUGUUUUUUCUGGUGAUAGGCAGGAGCCAGGGUGGAGAGGCAGAUCCCUGGAGCUGGAGGGGUCACAGGCCUUGAGCCAGCAGGCUGAGCUGAUCUCUCGGCAGCUGCAAGAGCUGCGGCGGCUGGAGGAGGAGGUCCGGGCCCUGCGGGAGACCUCGCUGCAGCAGAAGAUGAGGCUGGAGGCCCAGGCCAUGGAACUGGAGGCUCUGGCACGGGCAGAGAAGGCUGGCCGAGCAGAGGCCGAGGGCCUGCGUGCUGCCUUGGCUGGUGCCGAGGUCGUCAGGAAGAACCUGGAAGAAGGGAACAAGCGGGAGCUGGAGGAGGUUCAGAGGCUGCACCAAGAGCAGCUGUCCUCCUUGACACAGGCUCACCAGGAGGCUCUUUCCAGUUUGACCAACAAGGCCAAGGGCUUGGAGACGUCUCUGAGUGAUCUAGAAGCCAGGCAGGCAGGGGAAGCCAAGGAGCUGGCCGUGGCCCAGGGGGAGGCCGAGCAGCUGCGGAAGCAUCUAAGCAAGACCCAAGAAGACUUGGAGGCACAGGUGACCCUGGUUGAGAAUCUAAGAAAAUAUGUGGGAGAACAAGUUCCUCCCGAGGUCCGCAGCCAGGCAUGGGAACCAGAGCGACAGGAGCUUCUGGAGACCGUGCAGCACUUGCAGGAGGACCGGGACGGCCUGCACGCCACUGCCGAGCUGCUGCAGGUGCGGGUGCAGAGCCUCACGCACAUCCUGGCCCUGCAGGAGGAGGAGCUGACCAGGAGGGUUCAACCUUCAGAUUCCCCGAAGCCCGAGUUUACCAGGAAGUGCCAGUCCCUGCUGAAGCGCUGGCGGGAGAAGGUGUUUGCCCUCAUGGUGCAGCUCAAGGCCCAGGAGCUGGAGCACAGGGACUCUGUUAAGCAGCUGAAGGGACAGAUGGCAGAGCUCCAGGAACAAGUGACAGCCCAGAGCCAGGAGCAGGCCAUCCUGCAGCGCUCCCUGCAGGACAAAGCUACGGAGGUGGAGGUGGAGCGGAUAGGUGCCAAGGCCCUGCAGGUGGAGCUGAGCCGUGCUCAGGAGGCCAGGCACCGCUGGCAGCAGCAGACAGCUGUGGCUGAGGAGCAGCUAAGGCUUGUGGCCGGUGCUGUCAGCAGCUCUCAGAUCUGGGUCCAAAGCACCGUGGCUAAGAUGGAACAGGCUGCAGCCCGGCUCCCCAGCCUCAGCAACCGACUCAGCUAUGCCGUCCGCAAGGUCCACACCAUUCAGGGCCUGAUGGCUCGAAAGCUCGCCCUUGCUCAGCUGCGCCAGGAGAGCUGUCCCCCACGCCCACCCCCACCAGUCACAGACCUGAGCGUUGAGUUGCAGCAGCUGCGGGAGGAAAGGAACCGCCUGGAUGCAGAACUGCAGCUGAGUGCCCACCUUAUCCAGCAGGAGGUGGGCCGGGCCCGGGAGCAAGGGGAGGCGGAGCGGCAGCAGCUGAGCAAGGUGGCCCAGCAGCUGGAGCAGGAGCUGCAGCAGACCCAGGAGUCCCUGGCCAGCGUGGGGCUGCAGCUGGAAACGGCUCGCCGGGGACAGCGGGAGAGCACGGAGGAGGCUGCCAGCCUCCGGCAGGAGCUGACCCAGCAGCAGGAGCUCUAUGGGCAAGCUCUGCAAGAGAAGGUGGCUGAAGUGGAAACUCGGCUGCGGGAGCAGCUGUCGGACACAGAGGGGAGACUGAACGAGGCUCGCAGGGAGCACGCGAAGGCCGUGGUCUCCCUGCGCCAGAUCCAGCGCAAAGCCACCCGGGAAAAGGAGCGGAACCAGGAGCUCAGGCGUCUGCAAGAGGAGGCUCGGAAGGAGGAGGCGCAGCGACUGACCCGGCGCAUGCAGGAGCUGGAGAGGGACAAGAACCUCAUGCUGGCCACCUUGCAGCAGGAGGGUCUCCUCUCCCAUUACAAGCAGCAGCGACUGCUGGCAGUCCUUCCUUCCCUGCUGCGUGAGGAGAAGGCUGUGGGAUCCGGCCCCAGGCCUCCGGCUUCAGCGCCUGUGCCUCCAGCAGCAGCACAGCCCACCAGGGAAUCCAUAAAAGGGUCCCUCUCUGUCCUGCUUGACGACCUGCAGGGCCUGAGUGAGGCCAUUUCCAAAGAGGAAGCUGUUUGUGAAGGAGACAACCAGAACUCUCCAGCUCCAGUCCCACGACAACGCUGAGCAGCAGAGCAGCAGAGGGCUAGAGGGAAAGCCAGCUGGGGGGCUGGAGGAUCCUGGAGAAGAGGGGCAGGGCCCAGCCCCUUCCUCACCCGGCGGGUGGCGCUGGAAACACGAGCUACCACCGAGUCUGAAUCCUCCUGCACUAAAUAAAGAUGACUACAGUAGGA